AGUCUUUCAAGUACUGCCGACUGCAGACAACUAUCAGGUAGCAUACCUAGAGUUGUUUUUAUUUUCUCGUGUCAAUGCUCUUAUUAUAAUAACAGUUGAUUUUAUUUCCAAUCGUUCUUUUUGUUUUGUAAUUUUUAAUGCCUGUAAAUUUAUUAUUCGUAAAUACCGUGUGUAGCACUGUUACCGAACGAUUAUGUAUAGAUAGACCAAUGUUCCGUUGUGUAAAUGACGCUACGCCUGAAAAACGUUGUGCUUAUAUAGUGUGUAAACUUUGUUUUUAUUGACUACAUGUAUACCGACUGUAGAAGAUCACAAAAUUUCUGUACAAAUCGUCCAGAUUCUAAUGUAAGAGGCUUUGUGAAAGUUUAUAUUAAAAUGCGGAAAAGUUAUUUUUAUUUAUAAAUAAAACAUUGAAAAGUAUGCGCGUCUUGUACAAAUCUAAGUAUUCCUGAUAAACUGUAGCGAUUAUAGCUUCGUAAAGAGAAAGAGAAACUGCCAAACUCAACCGUAUAGCGGCGCUACCUGAAUAAAAAUAUGGCCCUUAUCUCGGUUUAACUUUGUGAGAGGAAUAUCGCGUCGACAAUGGCACUAGAUGAAGUACAUAAAGCAGUUUGGUAGUUGUCUCCUCUGUGCAGUGAUUCGAACAAAUUAUUUUAAUCUUUGCUCCAUUUGAAUUAUUAAUUUUUAACAGUAUUUCUAUUCAUUUUUUAUUGUAUAUAUGGAUCUUCUCGAUAGAUAAAACUUCAAAUAGUUAGAUUUUUGAAUACUCUCUGAAAUGGCUCACGUCGAUUGAUAAGAAAGUAUAAAAAAGAUAACUCACUCUCUGCCACGAGAAAUAUUCGUUCUUCAUCAGUUAUGAAUUUCACAUAGAAGCGAAUAUUAAGUAUAGACAAUUUCGCAAGAUGGCAUCGGCUUGGGAAGCUUGUUGCUCAAAUAUUCCACAGCGAUGGAUAGUCGUGAUAAUGAGCUUUUUAGGACUGUUCAACGCGUAUGCCAUGCGGGUUUGUUUAUCGAUAGCUAUUACGGAAAUGGUCGUACCUACGAAUAACACAGAAGAAUUCGUCGACGAUACCUGCCCCGACAAUAACGACAAAAGCGAUAUUAUAGAAUUCAAUAAUAAAACUGUCGUAAACACAGAACUGUUCGAAUGGAGCGAAUACACGCAGGGUAUAAUUCUCUCCUCUUUCUACUGGGGCUACAUCCUGACCAACUUACCAGGUGGUCUGAUCGCCGAGAAGUUCGGCGGCAAGCACACCCUCGGCCUUGGCAUCCUGUCCACCGCAAUAUUCACGAUAUCGACGCCCUUCUGCGUCAUGUACGGCGACUCGACGACUCUGGUCUUUCUGCGAAUACUCAUGGGCAUAGGCGAAGGCCCCACCUAUCCUGCCCUCAGCGUUUUGAUAGCCCAAUGGAUUCCGGAACACGAGCGAUCGAAAGCCGGCGCUGUAGCCUUUUCCGGUGCGCCUCUGGGCACGAUCUUCGGGAUGCUGGCGUCGGGCUUGAUUCUGCGCAACGGUAGCUGGCCGACUGUUUUCUACUUCUUCGGGGUCGUCGGCUUUCUCCAGUUCUUGCUCAACUCGGCCUUCUGCUACAGCAAGCCCAGCGAUCAUCCGUUCAUCGGCAAGUCCGAAGCCAAGUACCUGAAAGAGCAACUGAAGAACACGCACGCGAACCUACCACCGACUCCCUGGCGCCACAUUCUGCGCUCGAAGCCGGUCUGGGCCCUGGUCGUGGCGACGAUCGGUAACGCUUGGGGCUUCCUGACGAUCUGCAGCGACAUGCCCAAGUACAUGAGCAGCGUCCUCAAGUUCUCCGUCCAGAGCAACGGGUACUUCUCCUCGGUGCCCUACCUCUGCAUGUGGAUCAACAGCUGCGUGUCCUCCGCCAUUGCCGAUUAUCUCAUCACGAGCAGGCGGGUGUCGAUCAGCAAUAUGAGAAAGAUCGGCAGCACGAUCUCAUCCCUGGGACCGGGUAUCUUCAUCGUCGCGGCCUCGUACGCCGGCUGCAACGGCUUCCUCGUCGUUCUCCUGCUCACCAUAGGCAUGACCUUCAUGGGCUGUGCCACCUUUGCCAUUCUGGUGAACAUGCUGGAUCUGGGGCCCAAUUACGCCGGAACGCUGAUGGGCAUCGUCAACGGAAUCUCUACGUUGAGCGGCAUAGCCUCGCCGUACGUCGUGGGUUUGAUAACGCCGAAUCAGACGAUAAGCGAGUGGCGAGCUGUGUUCUGGAUCGUUUUCGGGAUGUUCUUCGUGUCGAACGCUAUCUUUGUAUUAUACGGCAGCGGAGAGCUGCAGGAGUGGAACGACCCGGCUUUCCUAGCCAGAGAGAAGAUGAAGAGCAAGGACGACGAGAAGGAAGGCAUACAGCUGAUGCCUAUGAAAGCUUGAGAGUGUUUGUGAUUUUUAGACCGUAGACGUGAAUGAGAAAACAUUAUUGUUCAAGAAAUUUCAUAAAUUAAACGUUGAGUACAAAAGAAUACAGUGACGACAAAACCAUAAGUUUUUUAAUUAGCACCUGCGUUUUCACACUUCAUAUUCUUUGCUUAUCUUGUUUACCUUUCGCCUAUGAAUUAGAACUGUUUCUAGGCAAUAUAUCUUCCUUAUCUUCAUCAUUAAAAAAAAAAAUAUUUUAACUAAAAUUCACGACGCACGGCUAUCUGCAGCAUUAGCAUAGGUAUCCUUGUUGGUGGAUUAAUAGUCAUGAGUCAUCGAUACAACAUUCAAAAUUACUUAAAAAAGCAGUAAAAGCUUUAUUAACGAUUUAUUACAUUUGUAUUAUGAGAGCGAAUAAGAUGACUUACUUUUAAUUAAAAGUAAAUAUUAUUAAGGAAGCCCUUGGUUACUGCUAUAGUUUUAUUAAGUAUACAACGUUAAGACGUUUGCGGAAAACGAAUGUCGCUCUCGCCUUGCUUCUCAAUGAUAAAUAAAUGUUUCCAAUUUAAAAAAACA